AUGCUGGGCUUUCAGGACUGCACAGUGCGACUCAAGCCCGUGCCACUGCGAUUCCUGUGCUCAAAAGCUGAGUGCCCCGACAUUGCGCCGUCAGCUCCUGUUCUCCACUUGUGGGGCGAUGUAUUUGUCGCUGGUGUGUUUCAGCAUGAGUUUGCAAUGCUUGACCACGGACCACUACUGGUGUUCCAGUUGUUUUUCCAGCCUACUUACAUGUUGGAAUCGACAUCAUCAGCAUAG